AUGAAUCAUCAGUCUGGAUCUGGCGGAUGGAAAUCGAAAUAUGGAAGGUUGAAAGGCCGGCACGUCAAGCGAACAACUAACAGCUCCGCCUCCGAUGCCACCGAAGAUUCUGUAGAAACAACUGAGCUGCGCGAAUGCCUAGCUAGCAAUCUAUCGGGCCCCGCUUGCCAGAACGUGACCCGGAUUAUGGAAGCUCCGUCCAGCGCUAGCUCCGUUCUUGAGGCUAAUAAGACUAAUAACACGAAUAACACGGGGGCCUUAGCCACCGCUUCUCUUGCUCCUAAUAACACAAGCAACAUGGUACCCUCAACCAGCCCCCCUAUCGGUCCCAAUAACGCCACUACCACCGCCGCUCCUCCGGGCGCAGUUGCAAGAGAUAAUCGGCUAGGUUGGAAGAUCGGUCUUGCUGCUCCCUUGCUCGUGAUCCUGCUUAUCAUCGGACUAGCGUUCAGACAUAAAAGGGCCAAAAAGCUAAGCAUGCGGGAGAAAUGGCAAGAGCUGAGCAUCCCGCAGGAGGUUGUUGGAGAGAAACGCCAAGAGCCGGAGGCUGAGAGCCAGAAGAAGACGAACGCAAUCCAGCCGAGAGGGAAUAGGGAAGAGAGCCUCCAGACGGAAGAAAUUCUCUCGGCUCCCGCAAGGAGCAAGAGGAAAGAGCCGAGCCACCAGGAAAUGCUUGACUUGGAAAGAGGCACCCCAGCAAUCUCCGUCAGACAGGGCGACGAGGAGGACAAUCGGUCGAGGAAGUCGAGUGUGGUGAGCCGGUUCAGCCUCCGCUCCUUCUCCCUACGACCGCCCAUGGACAUGUCGAUCUUCCAAGCACGCAACGACGCGCCCCUCGAUACCUUCCAGCUCGAAAUCAAGCACCGCGAAAGGCUCUCCAAAGCGAACCCUGAAACAAUGCCUCGCUUCCUGAACCUCCAUCCCGCCAAGUGA